AUGGCUUUCUACGGCCGCUUCAAGCCUACCUAUGCUAACCCCCUCGAGGAGCUCCCAGAGUCAUUUUGGGCGGCGCUGGAGGAGGGGGUGGUACCGCCAGCAGCAGCCAUGGUGGUGCCCACGUGGCUGGAUGCACCGUCCAAGACACGCGCAGGGGCGCAUGACACCAUCGCCACCAACACCUGUGUCGCAGGAGAGGAGAUUGGAGUGGACGUGGAGUUCUGGAAUCCUCUGCAAAUUGCGCUGCAGAUAUCUGGCGUGCAUCUGCUCUGCCACCACUACGACACCUCCACCACCACCAACACCACCAGCACUAGCACCGGCUCUGCAGCAGCCAAUGCCCCAUCCUCCCCAGGCUCUCACUUGGGCGCAUCCCCUGCAGCAGUGCCAUCCGCGUCGCCCUCUGCUGCUGGUGACCUUGCUUCUGAAGCUCGCUCCUCCAGCCACAGCCGGCCCACAUCACCAAAUGCUGUUGCAAAGGACGGAUCAGGCAUGGUGCGUGCAGUAAGCUCUCCUGUUCUGGAUCAAGCAGAGAGCUCGGAGUCACUAUGGGAGAGCUCUGGCAAUGACGAUGCGAGCGCCUCUCGAAAGAGUCAAUCCCAAAGCGACCUUGCUGCAGACGACCCUUCCCUCUUCCUGCACCCUCUCGCUGAUACCACCACGGCUGGCGAGGGCGAAGGCAGGGGUAGUGAGGAUGCUGGGAAACGUUCUCUUGGCAAGGGAACAGAGGGAAGCAAUCUGCAGCAGCAGGGCAGUGGGGCUGCUAAUCAGUCAGCACUAACUGGAGGAACAGAUGGAGGGGGGAGAAAGAAGGCAGGAAAGGUAGAAGCGGGGAAGGAGGAGAAGGGCAACGAGGGCAACAUGCAGAUUGCCAGUGCAGCGGCGGCUAUAGCUGGUAGCGGAGUGGCAGAGCCAUAUGUGGCUGAGAAGACUGCCUUCUCCUUGAAGCCGGGUGAACGAAUCACAGUGCGUCUGAAGGUGCGGCCAUGCCGGGUGGGCGUGCUGCACAUAUUCGGUGUGGAGUGGGCCAUCAGCAGCGAGGGCCGCACGGCUGUCAGCCGCUCGCUCUUCGACAUCAAGGCGCCGCCCAAGCGCAAGGGCAAGCCGUCACGCCAACUGCCCACCCACCAGCGCCUGCACUUCCAUGUCAUUCCGGAGAUGCCACGAGUGCAGGCGGAGCUAGAGGGUAUGCCAGAGGAGGCGGUGGAGGGGCAGCUGUACCGCUUGCAGCUCAAGCUCACCAACACAUCACAUGUGCCACUUAAGGUGAGACUGCUGGGCGGCUCUCGUCCAUCUUCCCGUUCCGCAAUUCGGCAAGCCAUCUUCUCAAGCUACCCGCAGGGAGAUCACGGCAGCAUGAAGAAUGGCUUCAUCUUCUCCUUCCCUUCUCGGUUCAUCCUGGAAGGAGGCGCAUCGCUGGUGUGGCCCCUCUGGCUGCACCCUCUUGAUACAACCUCUCUGGACCUCGGCCUUGUUGUCUUCUUCGAACCGGCCCACGCCAGUGGUGGUGCUGGAACUGCCUCUGCUGCUGCCACUUCCACCGGCAGCAUUCUUGCUGGCGUUGGCGCUGGGGGUGGAGCAGAGGGAGGGUCAUUCCCCCCUCCUCUCCCCACGCACCACCACUCCCAUCAGUCCCACGGCCAUGGGCAUGGGCAUGGGCAUCACUCACACCAUCGACAAUCACAGCAUCAUCCGUCUCACCUCUCCUCGCACGCCCCCAUGACCUUUCGCACCUUGCGUCUGCGACAAACUAUCACGAUCCACCCAUCGCUGCACGUGUCACUGCGCAUCGCUCCCAGCAACUCGGACAUCGCAUGCUACCUGCUCCGCAUGGACGUGGAGAAUCACAACCACAGCCGCACCUUCUGGCUGCGCCAGGUCUCCUGCCCUGGCACCCACUGGCGCCUCGCUCCCCUGCAACCCGCCCAACCACGGCGACCGUCUCUCUCGUCUUCUGCUGCUGGCGGUUCUGAUUCUUCGAAUCUGGACAGCAGCCAGAUGCAGCAACAGGAGCUUGUGGUGGAGGAUGAGGAGCAGCAGAUGAGUGGGGCGUUGCUCUCUGCUGCACUGGCUGCACCGCAAGUCCUACCUCCUGGCCAGGGCACCUCACUUUUCUUCCACAUUCAGGACUUUGCGUCGUCACUCGGGAAUGAGCGUGUGGAGAGGGAGAGCUUCAAGAGCGAUGUGCGGCUGGGGGGACAGGCAGCGCCUCUUAUCGACAUUGGGAGACACCCACUGCAUGCCCUGCACCUCCGGGAACGUGGCUUCCAGGCUUUCCCUCCCCCAGACCCCAUCACCAACCCUGACGCCCCUCCCCCAAAGCAACCACUGCACAUCUCUCUGCACCACUCCCGCUUCAACACCGCUCGCGCCAUCUCCGUUCCUCUCUCCCCCCGCGGCCAUCUCAACCCCAGCCGCCCACCUUCCUGGCCCACUCCCCCCGGAGGAGGGGCGGCGGGGGGGACAGGGAGCCCUGUGAUUGGCUCACGACCUGUUUGGCGCUCAGGCAGUGGGGGGGGGGGAGGCACAGGGGGAGGGGGUGGUGUGCGUGGCCAAGGGGGUGACCUACUGGAUGUGGUACUUGUGUGGGAGUAUCAGGAGCAGGGGUCAGGGAAUGGGAGUGAUGGCAGGGCUGCUGGUGCUGGUGCAAUUGGUGGUUCAGCAUCUGGGUCAGAUGUGCCUUCACUGGUUCUACCUGGAAGUGCGAUAAGGAGCAGCAGCAAGACAACAUCUAUUGAAGAGGAUACGAACUUGAGUGACAAGAAUGGGAAUGGAGUGUGCAUAGGGACACAUCAUAUCUGUAACUGUCAGGUCGGCCCAGCUUUCGGAGUCUCCUCUGUUGCUGCUGCUGCUACUGCAAGUGCUAGCACAAGUGUCGGAGGAGGGGGAACAAGUAGCGGGGCUGCAACAGGAGCAGCAGCUACUGCAGGGGGCAGCUCAGCGGCAGACACUGCGUCUGCCACCAAUGCUGGUUCUGCUGCAUCUGCUGCUGUGCGGUGGAGAAUGGACGGGCCUUCCUAUCUCCAGCACAACUUCUCUUCCAAUCCCACCUGCCCCGUGUCUCUCACCCUCCUCCUCCGAAACUGCUCCUCUUCCCCUGCCUCCGCUGCUGUCCACACGUUCGACCCUGCACUGCUGCCUGCAGUGGAAAAGAAUGUCAAUGCAUCCACACUUGGUUCAAAUCUGCCUGAAAAAUCUGGCUUUUACUGCCCCAACAACCUGGAUGGCCAAGACAGCGGCACAGCAGCGAGUCCUAGAAGCUUUGCAGGAGGUUUCUCAGGUGGAGGUGGUGUGCUGGGUGGUGAUGAGGUGGCAUGCGGCACAGCAGCGUGUGGACCAUACAUGUGGGCAGGCCAGACGGCCAUGCAGAUUCCCAAGCUCGCUCCAGGAGAGGAAACUUCUGUGAAGCUCACAGCAAUGGUGUUUUCUCCUGGUGUGUACAAUUUCUGGAGUUACCGUGUUGCGUGGAGUGCUGAUGCCAGUGGUUGUGAAGCUGGAGCCAAGACAGGCCAGUCUGCGGUUGCCAAGGACAGCAGAAGCAAAGUUCCAGCGAAGGAAGCUGGCGGCAAGAAUUCGAGCAAGCGUGGCUCACAGAAGGAGUCUUCUAAGAGUUCAACAGAGGAAGCCCAAGAGAAUGCUCAGAGGCUGGUGACAGGUUGUGCAACCAUGCUUCAUACCACUGCUGGUGUUGGUGCUGAUGAUGACGACCAUGUCGUCGAGUCCGUCUUCGCGUCGCGUUACACUUCUGCAAGUGUUCCCAAGUACCACAUUCCUAAGGAGGGUAUUCCCAAGGAGGCUGCGUAUCAGAUGAUUCACGACGAGCUGCUGCUGGAUUGCAAUCCGCGGCUCAACCUGGCGUCGUUCGUGACCACGUGGAUGGAGCCCGAGUGCGACCAGCUCGUCAUGGAGUCGCUCAAUAAGAAUUACAUCAACAUCGAAGAAUACCCGGUUACCAACGAGCUCCAGGAGCGCUGCGUGAACAUCAUUGCAAAUCUUUACAACGCUCCUCUCGGGGACGGGGAAGGCGCAAUUGGCGCGGGGUGCGUGGGAUCAUCGGAAGCAAUCAUGCUUGCGGGACUCGCGUUCAAGCGCAAGUGGCAGGAGAAGCGCAAGGCGCAGGGGCUACCGUACGAUAAGCCCAACUUCAUCUGCGGUUCCGAAGUCCAGGUGUGCUGGGAGAAGUUUUCCAACUACUUUGAGGUGGAGACCAAGUUUGUGAAUGUGAAGGAAGGGUCGUUCGUGAUGGACCCGCACGACGCCGUGGCGGCUGUCGACGAAAACACCAUCUGCAUCUGUGGCAUUCUCGGGUCUACCUAUAACGGGGAAUUUGAGGACAUCAAGCUUCUGAACGAUUUGCUCGUGGAGAAAAACGCCAAGACCGGGUGGGACACGCCGAUCCACGUGGACGCGGCGAGCGGGGGGUUCGUGGCGCCGUUCCUGUGGCCGGAGCUGGAGUGGGACUUCCGGCUGCCGACGGUGCGGUCCAUCAACGUGAGCGGGCACAAGUACGGGCUCGUGUACCCCGGCGUGGGGUGGGUGGUGUGGCGCAGCAAGGCCGACCUCCCCGAGGACCUCAUCUUCCACGUCAACUACCUGGGCGCGGACCAGCCCACCUUCACGCUCAACUUCUCCAAAGGCUCCAGCCAGCUGAUCGCGCAGUACUAUCAGUUCGUCCGCCUCGGCUUUGAGGGCUACCGCAAGAUCAUAGGCAACUGCCAGACGAACGCCAUGUACCUAAAGAAGGCCAUAGAAGACAUGGGGUGCUUUGAGAUCCUCUCCAAAGACGUGGGUGUGCCCCUGGUCACGUUCGCUCUCAAGGAGAAGAACAGCAAUUUCAACGAGUAUGACAUUGCUGAUGUCCUCAAGCAGUUCGGGUGGAUCAUCCCCGCCUACACCAUGGCACCUGAUCUUGAGCAUGUCACUAUGUUGCGCGCUCUCGUCCGAGAGGACUUCUCCCGCUCGCUCGCCGACCGCUUCCUGAACGACCUGCGCAUGACAGUGAAGAUGUUGGAGGACAGGGGCGUGGGUAUGCCCCGCACCAAAUCCACUGCUGAGGCUGCUGCUGCUGCGGUUGCCUCGGUGCCCGAACAUAAGCCCAUUACAGUAGAGGUUCCCAAGCCUGGAUCCAAGCUGGCACGUGACCUGGCAGCAGAUGAGUUCUAUGUGCUGUCGCCACUGGCAGGCACGCGGCUGAUGCCCCCCAGUAAGCUGGAGCACAGCCACUCUAUGGACUCGUCCGCACUGCGCCAGCGCACCUUCAGGGUGUUCAAGAAGAACAGCAUUGCCAAGACCAACGGGGUGUGCUAG